CAGAAGCAUUUUCCGACAGUCAGUGCUGCACCCUAGAGCGAGCGUUGGUGUUCUUUCAGUUUCAACAUGGCGUUCAACGGUGAUGCACCCUCGUCGAAGCGCCAGAGAACGGAAGGUGAAUCCGGCCAGCAUCGGAACCAUGCGGACCAGUACAGUGGCUACGGCGACGAGCCCCGCCGGAAGAGAUCGGAAAAUGACAAGCUGAACCAUGUACUAUUGUUUACCAUCCUCAAUCCAGUCUAUCCAAUCACUGUGGAAGUUCUACACACUAUAUGUUCGCCCAGCGGGCAGGUUCUACGCAUCGUCAUCUUCAAGAAGAACGGCGUGCAAGCUAUGAUAACGUUUGACAGCGUGGAAUCUGCAAAGCGCGCUAAGGAGUCACUGAACGGCGCAGACAUAUACUCCGGCUGUUGCACGCUGAAGAUUGACUACGCCAAGCCUAACAAACUGAACGUGUACAAAAAUGACUCGGAGAGCUGGGACUACACAAAUCCCAACAUGGGAUCUAAGGAAGCCCCACCGGCCGGUCGUCCCGCCCCUCUGCUGCAGGAGCCGCGAUACGGUGCUGGACCUCAGCCCUACCCAGGAGAUGGAAUGCGUGGAGGCGGAGUGCCUCCAUACGGACCAGCUCCUCCAGAUCGCUAUGAUGACGGCUAUCAAAAUGGACCUGGUGGAGGUUCCUAUCCAGAUCACUAUGGAGAUCGUUACCAGCCUGCUGAUAGGUACGGCAUGAAAUCAGAAUACGGAGGGCGUGAACCAUUACAUCCAACACCACCUGGACGUCCUGGCUAUGGACCUCCAGCUUUGGCUCAAACGCCAGGAGGACCUUCUCCACCAGUAUCUCAGCAAGGUUCAGUGAUGAUGGUUUAUGGGCUGGAUAUGGAAAAGGUCAACACUGACAAACUAUUCAAUCUAUUCUGUCUGUAUGGAAAUGUUGUACGGAUCAAGUUCCUGAAGACAAAGGAAGGUUGUGCCAUGAUUCAAAUGGGUGAUGGCUUAGCAGUUGAACGUUGUGUGCAAAACCUCAACAAUGUACCUCUUCUUGGCUCCAAAUUGCAAUUGGGGUUUUCCAAACAGGCAUUCCUUAGUGAUGUGCAGAAUCCAUAUCCACUACCAGACAAAACUCCUUCUUUCAAAGACUUCAUGGGCAACAAGAACAAUCGUUUCAUUAACCCGUCCAUGGCAAGCAAGAACAGGAUACAGCCACCUUCAAAGAUUCUGCAUUUCUUCAACACUCCACCAAAUAUUACUGAGGAAAUGUUAAGCAAAGUCUUUGAAGACAACAAUGUUCCUGUUCCCAAGACAGUGAAAUUGUUCCCUCUGAAAACGGACCGCAGCUCAUCGGGACUCUUGGAAUUUGAUGACAUUAGUGCAGCUGUAGAAGCCCUAAUGAUGUGUAAUCACCUGCCCAUUCACAAUCCCGCAGGGGGAAAAUUUCCAUACAUAAUGAAACUCUGCUUCUCAUCAUCACGUCAGAUUCCUACAUCGCUCCGUGGAGGCAAUGAAUCUGGAGGUGGCAAUCAACAGAAUCAACAAUCACAAGAUGGAAUGAUGAAAUCAGAUAUGAAAGCAGAUAAUAUGCAGUAAACCCACUUACACAUUCUUAUCCUUGUGACCCCCACAACCCUGACGAUUCAGUCCAUGUUAAUUUUUCCUGUGUUAUAUUCUGAAUUGUAAUUUUUAUUGUUAAGUGACAAGAUCAGUUUUUUUCUUUCCCAAUGAUUUUGAGGAAGUUGUGGGUGAAUCACGCUCACAAUUAAUCUUGUAUGUCAUGAAUCAUAGACCAAUGAAUGUUGCUUCAGGGUUUGUGGAUUUAUUCCUUUUCCUCUCUGACAUCCAUCAAACCUUCCAAAUGUUUGCAAAUCUGGCAAAGGCAUUUGUAUCCCAUUAUUCUCCAUAUACUUACUCAUUGUCAAUAAUGGGUAGAAAAAUCCCUUCCUUGCCAAGUUUGCAUGGUAGCUGCAAGGUAAAAGACAAGGCAUGUGUGUAGGAAGUUUACGAGGUGACGUUGGAAGAGUCUGGGAUGGGAUUGUAGACGUUCUUUAAUUGUAUUGACAGUAUAAAUGAUGUUUGAGAGAUCUCAAACCCUUGAAUGAUUUUUUUUAUUAUUAUUUUUUUUUUAUGAGUAGAUCAAUUUUUUAUGUUUGUAUUAUUUUAAUGAGAAACUUGAAAAAGUUAUCUUCUCUGUGAAAGGCCAUGACCCAAAUUGGGGUCCUGAAUGCCCUUAUUUGGUCCCCACAAGUAACGUCUGUGUAAGAGUGAAAAAAUCGCAUCCCAUUCUGCCUAUCUGGCAGGGGAGUGCGCAGAUCCCCACCCUGUCUCCUGACCCCACCCUGUUCCGCCCCUCCUGCCCGUGUGUUGCGCGUGAAGGAAGGCCAGAACUGCAGCCGUGAGGCGCGUCCCAUCCCUGCCCGGGCCGCCCGCUCGCCCGGCACCAAACCACAGUGGCAGCCGCUGCUGUGGUCAAUCUAAAACAUAUCAAGAUAGUGCUUAUAUAUUAAACAACAAAAAAUUGGAAGGAAUACUAUUUUCAAAGUAUCAUUCCACAGUUUUUAAAAUGAGAUGUAUCGGUGUUUUUUACGUGUUAAAUGUCGAACGUGUCUCCCAUUGCCCGUUUGCGUUCUCGGCAGGUAAGCCGAUGCUGUAUUUCUGCACUCUUUGGUCUUCCUCAUCUCUUUUAGUUUUACAUUAAGUUGUUCAAUAAUAGAAUUAUGCCUUUUUAGAUUAUACCUUACGUUGAAGUAGAGUUUUAUUUGUGUCAACAUGUGCAAACAGAUAGAUGUUUGUAUAUGCUCCACAACUAAGAAAGACAGUAGGCUUAAGAAACUAGGAAGUUGUAGACUUCUCUGCCUGGACAAGCAGCAUGACUUCCUCAUUAAGUCCUUUGCUAGUGUCUGUUUUUGGCUUAUUCUCCUGGCCUACAUCCCUUCUGUGUGCUGUCACAGCUGCCAGAAGUAGCUCAUUCCUACCUGCCUCUGCUUCAAGCUGCUUGUUCAGGAGAGUUAUAGUUAGUUCCAUUGUGUUGUAGAGAGUAGGGAGAGACAAAUAAAUCAAUCAUUUGAUUUCGUAAGAGGGGUUUUUUGCCAAAUACUUUCCAUUACAUUCUUUGACCUGUUUUCUUUUUUCAGUUGCACAUUGUUGUUCGCAACCUUGUAGAUUUUUUUUUUAUACCCUAUAGUGUUCCUGUGCUGUGUGCUUUCAGCCUAGCUCUGAGUUCCCAGUGUGAGUUGAGGGAAAGACCUCUUUGUUUUGUACAAUUUGUAGUGUUCGGUUAGCCUCAACAGGCGGUUGCAAGAAGCAUCCAGCAUGUUCAUUGAUGCAUUUGCAUCUGCCUGUUAAUUCCUCCUGCUGCCCAGACCGCAACACCAUUCAAUGUCCUGCCAGUUGAGGCGAUGGCUGAUAAUCGCGUGGACAGGCAGAUCUGGCCAGAGGCCUGGCCUUCUGUAGCUGAGGUGGUAGCAGUGCUGGCGCAGCAGAGUUCAGUCUCUGGUGCAGAUCCUGAGGCUGCGCUCUGCUGGCAUGCAUUCAGUGUACAGCCCAGUCGACACACUGACUAAACUCCCAAUGCCUCACCAUUGCCACAUGGCUUGGUGAAGUUAACACCACGCUGAAGCUACAGAUUCCAUGGACAGACACGGCACGCACCCACUACCUCUACAGAACACUGCCACACUCCCCUGCACAGACACGCAACUCCGUACAUGUACUGGCGGGCAGUGACACUCACAUACAUGUACUGACCUUGCUCAUGUCAUACUUCCUACAACAAUUUUAACAUGCCUUUAUGUCACAGGGUGUUUGUGUUAAGUGUAACAUUUGGUAUUUUUUGGUUUUCUAUCAUGUAAACCACUUUGUCCUAGUUUCCAACAUUGAAACAACAUUAAACAUUUACUGGAUGUGUGCACGCCAAUUAGCAGUUGUCUUGUUUUCAGCUCUGUCUGCUUGUGUACUGUUUUCAUAACUGUGUCAGGCCAGGUUGGCACUUGCUAAUGUCGCUGAUAAAUGCACCAGACAUGAAAAUCAGCUUGCCCGGCACAGAUGGCCCAAGCCACAAGAGAACCGUUGCGGUUAUCUCCCAUCACCUUAACAACCACGGUGCAUCAUCGCCAUUGUAUACUGCACAUUUCAGAUGAACAAUUAUUAUACUAUUUUGUAUACUUUAUGUACUAUAUGGUCACAUCUAUUGCAAGGAAAUGUUUUUAAUUAUUUUGCUUUGAUCAAAGGCAUAGCAUAUUUUAAACAAUUUAGCUGAUGCAUUAAAAACAAGUACGUAUAAAACCAUAUUUAGGCUAGGUGAAUCAAUCAGCGUAGUAGAAAAUUCUUUAAGUGUCGUGGUGCUCCCGUGUACUAAGCAAUGUCACCCCACAAGGCCGAGGCGAUAAUGCUCGACAUUAAAUGUGACCGUUCAUUAAGUGUUGUGGUGACUCAGCCACAGGCAAACCAUGCAGACCUUUCCAAUGGUUAGGAGACGGUACCUGAGUAUUCGUAACAAAUCUUUUAUGAAUCUACUUUUUAGCUGCAAUACUAGAUGUUGCUCCUGGCUUGAGGGCAAGGGAACAGCAGUUUCUGGAUGGGAGAUAGUUUGUGUUCUGAAUUGCUGAGAGUCUUUGAUGUACAAGUAUUAUCCCUAAUAUUAAGGAAUUAUUUUAUAAUAAAUACGCCAUUGGCAGGCAGGGUUUGUCUGAGGGAUUUGCCCCAUGGCGGAGUGCUGCUAAAUUGAUUUACAAUCUUGAGUGACCAUUCUACCUCUGCCGAGAGCCCACCUCUUUUUGACACUUAAUAAACAGUUUCCAUUUAAUUCGUACUGAUUCAAGCUACUUUAGAUGUAGUCCUAUAUUGUUAAAGAAUAAUUAGGAUGUAAGUUGAAACAGCCACUCAGAGUCAAUUAACAAAAAAAAAAUCUUGCAAAUUUAAAGUUGUGAUUUUCUAUGCCUCAGCUUCAUUUGAGUACAUGUGUCAUGUGAGAUAUUGGUAGUUCUCAUAUAUGUAUAUAUAUUGCAUCACAGUCAUAACUUUUCCCCAUUGGUUUUAGUGAAUCAGUGUUGCCGCAAGAGGUAUGAGUGAGUUGAAUUUCUUUUCAUUUUCUGAGGCCUGGGCUUCACAGAGCAGACUUAGCAGUCCUUGCCUACUAUGAGGAAUUCCCGGAUGGUUCUUGGAAGAGUUUGCAAGGAAGCAGGUGACUUGCUCUUGUUUCACUUUGUUCUGGUGAAAAGCAAAAUAAAUGAAUAAAUCCCUU